AUGGCGAUCACCGGAACUCUAUUUUCUCUGUCGUUCUUUUGAAUUUGACACACGUGCCGCGUGGAGUUUUGCCCCGCAGCACAAUGGUUGCAACAACACAGAAGAAGGCUGAUAAGCCUGCUGAGAAGAAGGCGCCAGUGAAGGGCAAGGAAGGCAGCAAGAAAUUGCCCGCUGUCCCCGAGUCAGUGCUUAAGCACCGCAAACGCAGAGAUGCGCUCAGAGCUCGCCGUGUACAGGUCACACUCAAGAGGCGUACAGCAGCCAUCAAAAAGAAGAAGGAGAUCUUCAAACGAGCUGAGCAAUACGUCAAGGAAUACCGUAUCAGGGAGCGCGAUGAGAUCAGGCUAGCCAGACAGGCACGCAACCGUGGUAACUACUAUGUGCCCGGUGAAGCCAAGCUUGCAUUUGUGAUCCGUAUCCGUGGUAUCAAUCAGGUCUCACCCAAGGUGCGCAAAGUCUUGCAAUUGUUCAGAUUGCGUCAGAUUAACAAUGCAGUAUUCGUACGACUCAACAAAGCUACAGUGAACAUGCUGCGCAUCGCCGAGCCCUACAUCACCUGGGGUUACCCUAACCUAAAGAGUGUUCGCGAGUUGGUAUACAAACGCGGCUUCGCGAAGGUGAACGGUCAGCGUGUACCGAUCACAUCCAACACAAUAGUAGAGAACAAGCUGGGAAAGAGCAACAUCAUCUGCGUGGAAGAUCUCAUACACGAGAUUUUCACUGUUGGUGACAAGUUCAAGUACGCAAGCAACUUCCUAUGGCCAUUCAAGCUGAACAAUCCGACCGGAGGCUGGCGUAAGAAGACAAUCCAUUACGUCGACGGCGGUGACUUCGGUAACCGUGAGGACAAGAUCAACGAACUCCUCAGGAGAAUGGUCUAAAUAUAAAUAGAGUAUAAUAAAUAUA